AUGGGUAUCGACAAAAUACUUACAACACCGGCGGUCUGGCUUCCUAAUGUAAUUCCCAAGGAGAGCACUAGUUUCUAUUCUGGUACCCAUGGUGGGUCGACUCGGAGAUUCUUGGAGCGGGUGGACACUGCCGUUUGUAAAAGAGAGGGGUGUGAUGAGGUAACCGAGCAGCAUGGGAGCGAGACCCUACACAUGCAAACAGCAUCGCUACAUGACGGAAGACGUCAAACCCCUCGCAGAGCCUGA